AUGGAUUUGUCUCAUAUAUUAAACCAGCUUGGGCCAACACCAAAAAGAUUCCCAGAUUGCUGCCUGGGAAUAUCCAGCACAUUGAUCACCCACCUGGCUUCAAUCCUCCCCAAGAACCCCGAUUUCACCAUCUCAAUCGGCAGCGGAUCAGGUCUCCUCGAAGGCGUCAUCGCAUACUCCAAUAAACAUGUUCCAGUGCAGGGAGUGGAAGUAGAUUCCUCAAUCAACCGAUAUAUUGCCGAAGAAGACAUGAACGUCGUUAGUGGAGGGUGGGGCCUCUAUCCCAGCGCUCAACAGGCCAAGGCGUGGAUGUUUAUCUACCCACGCGACCCUAAGCUAAUCACCAAAUAUAUUGAUUCAUAUGGUGAUCAAGCCGUUGAAAUGAUUGUGUGGCUUGGGCCGCGGGUAGACUGGCCUGAUUAUGAACCUUGCUUUUGCAAAUCUACAUUCUCUGAGUUGAGUGUUUUGGAUAACAUCGGAUUGACGCCCUAUGAAACUGCGGUCGUUGCUCGAAGAGCGUCUUGA